GUAUGGUGAGCGAGGUCGCGUGCGCGAUUCUGCCUCUAUGAGCGAACGCCCUCGCGUCAUGUCUGUCGACCAAGCGUGCUUCUCACCUCCCUUUCUCCUCAGAUCCGUGCGAGGCGUAUGCCUGGAGCGACGCCUGGCGCGUGGAGGUGGAGAGCCUCUACGGUACCCCUGGCCCUCGCCCUUCCCCAAUUCCCCCUCACCCGCAUGCUCAUGCGCAGAACCCAAGCGCCAGCCGGUAUGAUCUCUCCUUGCUUUGGUCGGCGCUCGCCAAUCGCUUUCGUCCGCCAACUCGGCCAGAAGUGGCUCGUUCCGCCUACUAGGAUGAUACUAGGCGAAAGAGGCCAAACGACGUCACAGAUCCAAGCAAUACAAUAGAAUACAGCAUGCUGUUGUUACACAAUGGGUAAGAAGGAAACCUGUACAGGGACGUGUGGGUCACGCGAGGCC